CAGUUACGGUAAAACUCUUUGGAUUUUAGCCAAAUUCUUUCUGGGUUCAAAAGUACAAAACUCUUUAGGAGGAUUGCUCUUUUUAAAUAUUUUUUCAGAGGUUAAAAAUUAAAUUUCAAAAGACUCUCUGGGAUGGACAAGAGUCUUCAGCAGAGACAUAGACCCUGGACACCUCCAACAUGAAGCUUAUUCAUGUUGUUUUGUUACUUUUGUGCUUCCACUUAAGUUUUUGCAAGCUCACUUCAACCUCAGAUGCAUCUCAAGAGGAUCUGGUGGAGGAAAAGUGCUUACUGAAAAAAUACACACAUCGCUCCUGCAAUAAAGUUUUCUGCCAACCAUGGCAGAAGUGCAUUGAUGGGAUCUGUGCUUGUAAACUCCCUUACCAAUGCCCAAAGAAUGGCACCUCCGUGUGUUCGACUAAUGGGAAAAGCUACCCGACUUACUGUCAUCAAAAGAGUUUUGAAUGUCUCCAUCCAGCGGCAAAGUUUUUAAAUAAUGGGACAUGCAGAGCUGAAGGAAAAUUUAGUAUUUCCUUAAAUUAUGGAAGUACAGAUUCAAGGGGAAUUGUUGAAGUAAAGCUAGUAGACCAAGAUGAGAAAAUGUUCCUAUGUAAAAGCAGCUGGGGCUUAAGAGAAGCCAACGUGGCCUGCCUUGACCUUGGAUUUCAGCAAGGUGCUUUAAGUAUUGAAGAAAGGUUUUAUAUUCCUGAAUAUCUCCACAUAAACUCCACUGAAUGUCUGCAUGUCCAUUGUCAUGGAUUAGAGACCAGUUUGACCGAAUGUACUUUUGCCAAAAGGAAAACCAAGCGUUACGAGGGACUUGCUGGCGUGGUGUGUUACACACAGAAUUCAGAUUCUUCAACAGAUGAGUCCUUUCAGUGUGUGAAUGGGAAAUACAUUCCUCGGCAGAAAGCCUGCAACGGUAUUAAUGACUGCGGUGAUCAAAGCGAUGAGCUGUGCUGUAAAGGGUGCCGUGGUGACAGUUUCUUUUGUAAGUCGGGUGUUUGCAUUCCAAACAAGUAUAAAUGCAACGGUGAGUUGGACUGCAUUACAGGAGAAGAUGAAGUCGGUUGUGAAGGCUUCGUACCCAAGGCUCAAGAUGAAAUAGAAAUUUUGACUGCAGAUAUGAAUGCUGAAAGAAAACGGAUAAAGUCAUUAUUACCUAAACUAUCCUGUGGAGUCAAAAGAAACAUACACACGAGAAGGAAACGAGUGGUUGGAGGAAGGCUAGCAAGAAUGGGAGACUUCCCAUGGCAAGUGGCGAUUAAAGAAGGCAAAAAAAUCAACUGUGGGGGAAUUUAUAUUGGUGGCUGUUGGAUUCUGACGGCUGCACAUUGUGUCAGAGCCAGUAAAGCUCAUCAUUACCAAAUAUGGACAGCAUUGCUUAACUGGAUAAGACCUAACUACACUGAGUUAGCAGUUGAAAAGGUGGAUAAGAUUAUUAUCCAUGAAAACUACAAUGGAGCCACCUACCAAAAUGACAUAGCUUUGAUCAAAGUGAAAAAACAUGAUGACCAAAAAGAAUGUGAACUGUCUCAUUCCAUCCCUGCUUGUGUUCCCUGGUCUCCAUAUCUAUUUCAACCUAAAGAUAGAUGCAUCGUUUCUGGCUGGGGUCGAGAAAAAGGUACAUCCGAUGGUUCCAUUGAUGCCUGUAAAGGAGACUCUGGAGGCCCCUUAGUCUGUACGGACAUCAAUAAUGUGACUUAUGUUUGGGGCAUUAGUUAG